UUACACCAAGAUGUCCAUGCUAGUCUGACAGCUGUGUGCCCGUGACCGCGGGAUGGAAAUUCGUCAUUUAUGUUUUUAAAACACAGUACACCGCAUUAAAAUAGAAGGGGUCUGGGGAAAUUUUAAUCGAAACCAUGGCUCGGGUUGUGAAAGUAUUUGGGAGUCUGCGAAAUCACUGGAAGAAGUCCACAUUUGCUGUGUGCGUCCUGUCUUACGGGGGCUACUGGCUGAAUGGUAAACACUGUGAUAAUGUUCUGCGGAGAGAGGCGUGUCUAGUGGCCAGGGAAUUUGGGCGUCAACAGAUAGCACCACAGGAGCAGUUGAAGAAAGCAACCGUGAUCUUGAACCCUGCAGCUUGUGGAGGGAAAGCCAACAACCUAUUUGAAAAGAAUGCUGCUCCUAUUUUACACCUGGCUGGUGUUGAAAUUACAAUAGUAAAGACAGAUUAUGAAGGUCAAGCAAAAAAACUGAUGGAGCUCAUGGAACAGACAGACAUGCUGAUUGUGGCCGGAGGGGAUGGCACCUUGCAGGAAGUCGUCACAGGUUUACUGCGAAGGCCAGAUCAAGAGACAGUCAGUAACAUACCGAUUGGAUUCAUUCCACUGGGCUCUCAUAAUUCCUUGAGUCCAAGUCUAUACCUCACAAGUGACAACAAGGUCAAAGACAUUACAUCAGCAACACUGUCCAUUCUGAAGGGAGAAACCGUACCGCUGGAUGUGCUACAAAUCAAAGGGGAGAAAGAGCAGCCAGUCUUCGCUCUGAUGGGGCUACGUUGGGGUGUGUUUAGAGAUGUGGCUGCAACAAUCAGCAAAUACUGGUACCUUGGACCACUGAAGACACAUGCAGCACAUUGGUUUAGUGCUCUACGGGAGUGGCCCCUGGUUCGGGACGUCUCAGUGUCCUACACAGCUCCCAGCCUCCGGCCCCCUGACCUGCCCCCUCAUAAGCCUCCCAGACCCAACCUGCUCUCCCGCAUCGCCCGCAGACUAAAAAACUACUGGAAUCCUCCUGUUGAAGAGCCUCCUAAAGUAGAAGAGCCAGAGGAGUGGAAGGAGCAGCAGCUGUCGACAUUAGAGCUGUUUAUUCAAACCCACAACCAAAACCCUGUGGAGAAGCGCAUAAAUGACUCCCUGAUGAUCUGUGCAGAGCCGGACGACUUCACUAUGAGCGAGUUCAUCGCUGUCGGAAAUAGAAAAGAAGAAGACCCCACUGUAUUCACCAAGAACUCAACAAAACUGGAAGCCAGCGCUUGCCGGCUGCAACUGCCAGAGGGCACAGGUGGCUUCUACAACAUCGACAACGAGGAGUAUGAAGCAAUGCCUGUGGAGGUGAGGCUGUUGCCACGGAAACUACACUUCUUCAUCAGUGCAGAUCGCAGAGAGUAGCUCCUCUCACAGAUGCAGUGAGGAAGAAAAUUAAGGCAGAAAGAAGACAAGAACAGCAAGACAAAAACUGAACUCCAGAGAAACACGAAAGCAGAUGCCAUGAAACCCUGACGUCAUUCUGGAAACAGAUGUCUGCUUUGCCAGCAGUUUAAAAGGACCCUGAAGUACGACUGGUCUGUUUCACUAUAUGUAAACAAAUAUUAAGUUGAAGUUGUGAGGUUACUACACUUACUACUUAUGGAGCGGGCUAUAUUAAAUGUCUUUGUAAUCAAAAGGACCAAGGCUUUGUUUCUUUAAGCCAGUAACUCAUGUACAGGUUGUCUUAAAAAUUGACUUUAUGUUUACUGAAUGGUUUACUAUUGCCAUCACAUUUGAACUCAGUCAAUAAAAAUAAUAUCUGUCCA